AUGGCAACCAAACCUCAAGAGGUUUUUAGGCUGCUGUUCCAACAAGGAAAGCUUGUAUUGGAUAAUCCGCAGAAAGUCACACACAUCCAUGACAGAGGCGAGUCCUUUCGACUGAAGAGCGAACAACGAAAUCCAGCAAGCCGAGGAUCCAUUGGGGCAUCCAGGCGACCAGAAGAGUUUCGUUUCGAACACGAUGUUAUCAGAAUCAUUGCCGAAGAACUCGACGAAGCGGCUGCCAUGGUGCCUGACCUUCUUGAACCGGACAAGGACUUUAUACCAAGGCGCACAUUUGAACAGAUCAUGACACACAGCCGAGUCUUAUCUGCUGUUCAUGUGCUCAAGUGCUUCAAAGGCGUACAGGACAAAGAUCAGCUCGCCAGAGAAAUCCAGUAUGGUAGCGCAGAUGGCUCCAAGUCGCCCUGUGUCAAGCUACUCGCAAUUUUGAUUGGAAUUGACAAAGCCGAGGAUAUAUCAAAACACAUGUGGACUGAUGAGCUGAGGGAUAGCUGCCUGCCCCUUCGAAAGGUACCCAACGACAGACGUCGAACGCUUCAGUGCAGGAAGCACAAGGAACAUCGCCUACUCAAUAGCUAUCGUCGACCAGAAGAUCGUAAUAGAUUUUCCCAAUGGACCUACUCCAUGUGCUCUCCCUUCAUCAAAUGGGAGCAUGGAACACAUCAACAUUACCUUCUAGAUACGGGAGACGUCUUCCCGAUGGAGGUUAUGGCUAAGGUUGAGGAAGAAGAAAGAAAAUCAGAUUCUGGUGGGAAUUCAUACGGGGGCUUCAGCGAGGUAUACAAAGUAAAGAUUCACGAAGGUCAUUCUGACUUUGGAGUACAUGGGAUUCGGCAUCCACAAGGCUACUUUGCGCUGAAGAAACUCACAUCGCAUAGUCGCGACAGUUUCAAUCUCGAGUUGUCGUCACUAGUUUCCACUGCCCAGAACUAUCAAAAGAAACACAUCAUACAGCUCCUGGCCACAUUCGAGGUUAAGAAUGCAGCGACAAGAGAAUCAACAUUCUAUCUCUUGUUUGACUGGGCCGAUGGAACACUGAACAAGUUUUGGCAGAGCAAUGAAGCUCUAGUGAGAGAUAAACGGCAUUGCAAGUGGAUGGCGACUCAAUUUUAUGAAGUUUCCGAAGCUCUUCGCUAUGUUCACAACGAUCGCGAACCAACUGUACGAUAUCUAGAAGACCGAGACUCCAACAAGCAACUGUAUGGGCGCCAUGGGGACAUCAAGCCAGGAAAUUUCCUUUGGUUCAAAUCGGAUAGCUUUCCUGGUCUUUUGGCCUUGGCGGAUUUCGGUCUCGGGCGACUGCACACUCAAGUUUCCCGCUCAAAACAAGACCCCAACAGCCUGGAAAGAACGGCAACGUAUCGCUGCCCCGAAUUUGACCUGGAAUUUGGUCUCGUGUCACCAAGGUCGGAUAUCUUCAGCCUAGGAUGUGUGUUCCUCGAAUAUGUCACCUGGUUUUUGCUCGGGCUCGAAGACGUGGAAAAAACCUUUCCCGAUUUCAGACUGGAACAAGAUAAACAUGGUUUCGACUCUGAUGUCUUUUUCUCAAUCAAAGACAAGAAGGCUUAUCUCAAGUCUUCGGUUACCAAAUGGAUAACGAAACUCAAGAACCACCGCGACUGUUCCUGGUACCUUUCGGACUUGCUUGACGUCAUUCGAGACCGCAUGCUAGAUCCCGAGUCCACGACGAGAAUCCCAUCAAGCUUAUUGAGCAAAAGGAUGAACGAACUUUUGAAGGCUUGCACCGUCGACCCCGAUUACUAUCUCAAGCCUAAAAGCUAA